UUCAAAACGAUAGAAGGCAACAAUAAAGUAUUAUUAUUAAAUUUAAUUAGGCUUCAAAAAGGUUUCUGUUGUUUCUCUGUAUAACUCUAUUUAUAAUAUACAAACGCUCUUCAAAUCCGACGCGCUUCUAGAUCUCCACUAAUUUCCCUCUCUUUUCCGUUCCUACACAAUAAUUUGAUAAUUUGCCAGAAUUUCUGCGGCUGCUAUGGGGACUGUUGUGGAUGCUGCAAUCAAGGAAGCAAACGGAAGUGCACCUAUCAACAAGAAGGUCACUGUUGUGUUUGUUCUGGGUGGCCCAGGUAGUGGUAAGGGCACACAGUGUGCAAACAUCGUCGAACAUUUUGGUUACACUCACCUGAGUGCAGGUGAUCUUCUCCGAGCGGAGAUAAAAUCUGGUUCUGAGAAUGGGACUAUGAUUCAAAACAUGAUCAAGGAGGGAAAAAUUGUACCUUCAGAGGUCACAAUCAAGCUUCUUAAACGAGCAAUUGAGGAAAAUGAAAACGACAAGUUUCUUAUUGACGGUUUCCCGCGUAAUGAGGAAAAUCGUGCGGCAUUUGAGUCUGUAACUGGUAUUCAGCCAGAGUUUGUACUUUUCUUUGACUGUUCAGAGGAGGAAAUGCAGAAGCGCUUGUUGGGUAGAAACCAGGGUAGGGAAGAUGAUAAUAUUGAGACAAUAAGGAAGAGAUUUAAUGUCUACAUGGAAUCUAGUCUCCCAGUUAUUGAAUAUUACAGUGCAAAAGGCAAGGUUAAGAAGAUUGAUGCUGCAAGACCUAUUGGAGAAGUUUUUGAGGCGGUCAAAGCUAUUUUCACCCCACCUAAGGUUGCUGCAUAAAUUUGCUACUUCACUCAUCAUUUUGCACCAGAUAUCAGUAUAGGCAGUUCUGAAAUAUAUGGCUUGAGGAAUUUUAUGUGUUAUCAGUGGAUUUCUUCCCCUGAGAUGGAGGGGUUAUCACAUUUAUACUUUCAUCGAUUGUAAUGUUAUGAGAUUUCUUGUCUCUAUAUUGUCUUACUCUAGUGUCUCAACGAGGCUAUUGCCUCUAUAUAAGAUUACUACCUGUUCAUUUA